AUUUUCAAACGGUGCUUGAAAACUGAUAAGGGGAGGAAUGCCAAAAACCAACUACCCGACCCGAAAGAUGUGUAAACUAGGGCAAAUAGAUCCGACUUGAUCCGAGAUGGACCUGCUUAAAACGUCGACCCCUACCCGUUCAAUCAACGCGAAUCAUCAAGACCUAGCUGUUUAACUCUCGAGCUUUCUGAACUUAGGGUUUUAGUCGAAUUCGCCUUCCGUCCCAACACCACCAUGAGUCGGCUCCCUGAGGUGAAGUGGGCUGAGAGGUUGGACAAGGUUUAUAUUACCGUUCAGUUGCCAGAUGCAAAAAAUGCUAAGGCCAAUCUGGAGCCAGAAGGAGUUUUUAAUUUUUCUGCUACUGGUGGAACAGAAGACCACUUUUAUGAACUGAAGUUGGAACUUUUUGAUAAGGUGAAUGUGGAGGAAAGCAAAGUUAAUAUAGGCGUUAGAAGUGUAUUUUGUGUGGUUGAGAAAGCAGAGAAGAAAUGGUGGAAGAAACUAUUGCGUGCAGAUGGCAAGCCACCACAUUACAUAAAAGUUGAUUGGGACAAAUGGGUGGAUGAAGAUGAAGAUAAUGGCGCUGGUGACUUGGAUUUCGGAGGGAUGGAUUUCUCAAAAUUUGGUGGUAUGGAAGGCAUGGGAGAUGAUAUCAUGGGUGAUCCUGAAGAUAGUGACGAUGAAGAUCAAGAAGUGACAAAGCCUGAUGGGCAAGAAGCAGAAAAGAAUGAACCGACAAAAGUAGAUGGACAAGAAGGAUUUGGAGGGAAACCAGAAGCUGCUUCAAGCACAUGAAGAUAAUCGAUACAAGAUUUUAUAGCUACUGCAGAAGGGCUGCAGAAUUUCCCAGAUUGUGAUUUUGCCCUGAUGCUCGCGUUCUCCCAGAAUUGAAGUUAUAUCCUAUUGAAAUGCUUGUUUUAAAACUAGUGUGUUCUGGCUCACGGGAAAAUAUUUUUAUGCCCCCAAGUGGCUGAUGUGGCUUGGUUAAUUUUAUGCAUAUCCAUCUCAAAUUAACCAUGCA